CUGCUGUUGCGUCAUACAGUAUCUCUCUCCACUGCAGCGGUCCGGCAGAAACAGUUUGGAGUUCGGGUUCCGCCUAAUCGCCAUGGCUGACGAGGUCGCCAAGGCGCAGACUGCACAGCCAGGAGGAGAUACGAUUUUCGGCAAAAUCAUCAGAAAGGAGAUUCCUGCUAAUAUCAUUUACGAAGAUGAGCAGUGCAUAGCCUUUCAUGACGUGUCUCCACAGGCUCCUAUUCAUUUUUUGGUCGUCCCCAGGAAACCUAUUACUCAGAUCUCAAAAGCUGAGGAGUGUGAUGCAGCACUGCUUGGCCAUUUGAUGCUUGUUGGUAAGAAGUGUGCUGAGCAGGUGGGAUUGCCCAAUGGUUACCGGAUGGUGGUGAAUGAAGGCCCUCAUGGGGGUCAGUCUGUCUACCAUGUCCACCUUCAUGUUCUGGGUGGGCGUCAGCUGGGCUGGCCUCCAGGCUAAAAACACCGUUCUCGAUUUCCAUGCAAAGCAGCAUCAUUCGUCAUAAUUUCUGCUGAAUCCAGAAAAUCUUUGUGUUUGUCAAUAUCAUCAUGCUAAGUACUGUGUUACACUGUUAAUCAAUGCAAUUGCCAGAGGGAAAACAAUAAAUGCACUUACUAUCUAUUA